CUACAACAACACUUGGACACAAUACACAAAAAAUUACUCCGCAAAACCCCAGCCGCCGCCGCAAGCCGGCCAAAGCCGCCUCUCUCCGCCGGCGUCGCACUCACUCUCUCUCUCUCUCGUUGAAUCCUUCGGAUUCUCUUCUGAAUUCGUUUUCUGAUAUAUAUAUAUAUUGUUAUUGAAUAUAUCGAUUUACGAUCGAUUGUCGAUCCGCACUGUGCUAAAACCAGUUGUUUCCAGCAUUCGAUUUGUUGUUCAUGGCGAAAUCUUCGAAGCAGAAGAGUAGUCCUGGCUCCGGCGACGGUACCACUGGUGUGAAGACGAAACGAACGCGGAAAACCGUUCCGAGAGAGUCUCCGCAGCAGCGAAGCUCCGUUUACAGAGGAGUUACCAGGCACCGUUGGACUGGUAGAUAUGAAGCACAUUUGUGGGAUAAGCAUUGCUGGAAUGAGGCACAGAAUAAGAAAGGGAGACAAGUGUAUUUAGGGGCCUACGAUUGUGAAGAAGCUGCUGCACAUGCUUAUGACUUGGCUGCAUUGAAGUAUUGGGGACAAGAAACAAUUCUCAAUUUCCCUUUGUCCACCUAUCAAAAUGAGCUUCAGGACAUGGAUUCCCAAACAAAGGAAGAAUAUAUUGGCUCAUUAAGAAGAAAAAGCAGUGGAUUUUCUCGUGGGGUCUCCAAAUACAGAGGUGUGGCAAGACACCAUCACAACGGGAGAUGGGAGGCUCGAAUUGGUAGAGUAUUCGGUAAUAAAUAUCUCUAUCUCGGGACAUAUGCCACUCAAGAAGAAGCAGCGACGGCAUACGACAUGGCGGCGAUAGAGUACCGCGGAGUUAACGCCGUCACCAAUUUUGACCUCAGCCGUUACGUCAACUGGCAGAGACCCGACCAGCCAAACCCUAGCUGCGGAAAUGACGAGAAUGCCCUCCAGAACCCUAAUCAACAACUGGCGCUCUCCACCUUCCUCAACCAACACCUGGAGCUCCCUCCCUCCGGCGCCGGCGCCGUCGAUGGCGUGGGGCUCCUGUUGCAGUCCUCCAAAAUAAAGGAAAUUUUGGAGCAAACGACGCCGUACGGCAGCCCGUCGUCGGAGCCGGAGCUGGAGCCGCCGAGGAGCAGCUUUCCCGACGACAUCCAGACGUCGUUCGAGUUCCCGGAUUCUAGUAGCUUCGCGGAGGAACACGACGUCGUUUUUGGGAACUUCGAUUCGUUCGUUUCGCCGAUGUUCCAGUGUGGAAUUGAUGCCCUUAACAAGGAUCGGUUACAUUUCGGUUAGGUUAAGGUUAAGGUUAGCUAACAUAAAUUCAAAGAAAAUUAAAUUAAACCAAACCUAAGUUAAAAUAAAACCGCACAAGCGUUCCAUUUUGAUUAUCA